GCUCUGACAGACUUCCAUUAUCUCGUGCAGUCACCACAGAUAGACAAUCACAAUAUCGAGCAUAUUUCCGCAGCGCUGGCCAAAUUUCACACUAACAAACAUGCAAUCACAGCUGCUGGGCUUCGUCGUGGACAACACAACAAGCCUAUCGAUAACUGGUACAUACCGAAGAUAGAGCUUAUGUACAAUAUAGUUCCCAGUAUAUGCAACACCGGCAUCACCAUGCAGUGGAGUGCAGACGCUACGGAGCACGCACAUAUCACUGAGAUAAAAGAUUCUGCACGGUCAAGUAACAACAACAAUUACGAUUCACAAAUCUGUUGUCACCUUGAUUGUGCAGAUAAAUGUCGUCGCUUUGAUCUCGCAACAAGUCUAUUAGACUUGAGACUACGAACCAGCCUAGAUCAACACCUCAACGUUGAUGACAUCGUUGAUUUUGAUGUUGACGGUGAUGAUGAUGACAGCGAUCUCUCUGCAGACCUCUUGGCCACGGUCAAGUGCCCUGGAUAUGCAUGUCCAAUCACUGACUACUUUACAAUGGACAGUCCCUCUACCAUUGCGCACCUUCAUUGUUGGACGUAUGGCCUUUCAUCUCAUCAAUCAGGGCCAUCUCCAUCAAUGAUGCUGCCCUUAGAUUCGGCCUUCCCGACUUACAACCAGCCAUCGCUGACUUCCUUUGUCAUGAAUAUAUCCACGAAUAUGGUCAUGUUCAUCCGCUUGGGGGGGGCUAGGAGGGAUGGGUGCAAUGCUUCACUUCCAUUUGAACAACUGCAAAUAUGGUUCAAACUUUGGCUCCAGGAUACAGAAUUUCACAAUACCACCAGCGUGCGGCCUGCACAGACCCUGAACUGCGCACCACCUUCUGACAUUUGGCCAUUUGGUCGGUAUGACACUGUUAUUGUCAAUAAUGAGGAAGGGCACUCAUGGCCUGCUGAUGGUCUUUGUGGUCAUGUUGUCGCUCAAAUGAGGCUUAUUCUAUGUCCAAUUAGAAAGACAGGCACACAGGGGACUCGGAAGAAUUGCUUCCUCACUUAUGUGCAACACUUCAACAAUAGCGAGCAUGAACCAGCUACGCAGCUACAAGUGCUCAAGAGGGCGAAACGGUCAAACAGGGCUCGCAUUGGUGAUGUGAUACCAGUCACUCAGCUCAGAGUGCCUGUUAAUGUUGUCCCUCACUUUGGUGCAAGUGCAGACCCUUGUCUCACUCAAUAUAACAGUAUGGAGCUCCCAGUGAUUUUUGUAUGA